CUGGUACUGCAUUAUCAGUUGUAAUUUCUCAGUACAAUCGCUUUAUCCCCGACUGUUUUCCAUCACCUUCGCUGUUGUAAAAUAUUGGAUCACUAAUUGUUUUGGAAUAACAUUAUUUGUGCGUAGGCCUACAGUAAUUUGCACAAUUCAUGGACGUGCUUUUUCCAAGGAUGGGAGACAAAGGAUUUCCAUUGCUUCGUCUGAUCUUCUGCUUUGCUUCCUUUAUUGUAACGCUGCACCUCGUUAAUGGAGACCUGAGUUAUUCUAUUCCAGAGGAGAUGAAACGCGACUCUGUUAUUGGAAAUCUAGCCAAAGAUCUCGGUCUUGAUCAGAGGACUUUAUCUUCCCGAAAGGCCCGUGUUGAUUUUGAGGGGACUCGUAAACGGUAUUGUGAUAUUAAUCUGAGUACUGGAGAUUUGGUCACAUCGCAGAGAAUGGACAGAGAAAGCCUUUGUGACAAGAAACCCUCUUGUGUUGUGAAAGUAGAUCUAGUGUUAGAAAAUCCUCUGGAACUUCAUCGACUAAGUCUUCAUAUUCAAGAUGUAAACGAUAACUCGCCGAAAUUCAAUGAAAAUCUACUUGAAAUGGAAAUCAGCGAGUCAGCUGAAAAGGGUAACCGCUUCUCUAUCGAGGAGGCCCAUGACGCAGAUAUAGGUCAAAAUGGUGUUCAAAGGUACAGCCUACAAAAGAACGACAACUUUAUUCUCGCUGUUGACAGCAACAAGGUUGAACUCGUAUUAGAAAACAAACUGGAUCGAGAGAAGCAAAGUGAGAUUAAAUUGCUUCUCACGGCUUUAGAUGGAGGCUCCCCUCAGAGAUCAGGUACUGUGGUCAUACACGUCACUGUACUGGAUGCUAAUGAUAACGCCCCAGUGUUUAGCCAGGCCGUUUAUAAAGCCAGUCUGCCUGAGAACUCUCCUCCAGAUACAAACGUGAUUAAUGUUAGUGCUACUGACGCAGAUGAAGGAGUGAAUGGAGAUGUGACAUAUCAGUUUGGGCACAUAUCUGAUAACGAUGCAAAUAUAUUUUCUAUUGAUCCUAAAACUGGAGAAAUUAGAGUAACUGGAGUGAUUGACUUUGAAGAAAGAAGCUCUUUUGAAAUGAGAUUGAAAGCUAAAGAUGGUUUAGGACUAACCUCGUAUGCCAAAGUAAUAAUAGAUGUUACUGAUAUGAACGAUAACGCCCCAGUUAUAUAUCUGAAAUCCCUGACUAACCCCAUACCUGAGAACGUGUCACCUGGUACAGAGGUGGGCAUCAUUAACGUGCAGGACAGAGACUCUGAAAAUAACAGACAGGUCCGCUGCUCCAUUCAGCAAAAUGUCCCUUUUAAGUUGGUCCCUUCUAUUAAAAACUAUUAUUCUCUGGUGACCACAGGACAACUGGACCGUGAACUAGUGUCUGAUUACAACAUUACAAUCACUGCCACUGACGAGGGCUCUCCACCUCUGUCCUCCUCUAAAACUGUUCAGUUAUCUGUAGCAGACAUCAACGACAACCCACCUGUGUUUGAGGAACAGUCGUACAGCGCAUAUGUGACUGAAAACAACAAACCUGGCUCCACUUUAUGUUCCGUUACUGCUCGAGACCCCGACUGGAGACAAAACGGGACAGUGAUUUAUUCUCUGUUACCCGGUGAGGUGAACGGUGGCCCGGUGUCUUCCUACUUGUCUGUUAACGGAGACACGGGGGUGAUCCACGCUGUGAGGUCGUUUGAUUAUGAACAGUUCAGGAGUUUUAAACAUGACAAUGACCCAAAACACACAGCCAAGGUAACAAAGAAGUGGCUCAAGAAGAAGCACAUUAAGGUCCUGGAGUGGCCUAGCAAGUCUCCAGUACUUAAUCCCAUAGAAAAUCUGUGGAGGGAGCUGAAGGUCAGAGUUGCCAGACAGGAGUGGGACAAAAACACUCCUGAGAUGUCUGCAAACUUGGUGGCCAACUACAAGAAACGUCUGACCUCUCUAAUUGCCAACAAGGGUUUUGGCAACAAGUACUAA